CCCUGGAGCAGCUGCUGACGGAGCUGGAGGACUUCCUCAAGAUCCUGGACCAGGAGAGCCUGAGCAGCACGGCCGUGGAGAGGAAGAGUGGUCUGGCCGAGCUCCUCCGCCUGUACAUCAAAAGCAGCAGUUCUGAUGAGGAGUACAUUUACAUGAAUAAGGUGACGGUCAACAAGCCACAGAAUGCCGAGUCCCCAGACAAAGCGCCGGAGGAGCGGAGCCCACUGGCCAACGGGGAGCCCCGCCAGCACGCCACGGCCCCUCAGAAGAGUCUCCCGGACCUCCCGCCCCCCAAGACCAUUCCAGAACGGAAACAGCUCUCCAUCCCAAAGAUCGAGUCUCCAGAGGGUUACUAUGAAGAGGCCGAGCCAUAUGACAUGUCCCUCAAUGGUCAUUCCGGCAGAGCCCCCUCCACCGGAGUCCCCAGAUGGGUGCAGGUGCCCGAAGGAGUCAUUUACGCCACCAUCACCUUGGGUACUGCUUGUCCCCAGAGCGGGGAUGCCAGUGACCCCGUGCCUGCUGCCUGGCUCCCAGAGGCGGGGUGCAUGCCCCUGGCGUGGCCACUGCCCUCUCCCUGUCCUCCCGCCUGGGUCCCGCAUGCCGGGUGCCAUUCCUCCAUAGACCCCUGCCUGUGGCCGGAGGACUCGGCGCUUCUUGGUUGUUCUGCCCUCUCCCCACGGACAGGUGGUUAUAGGCACAGGCAAGGACAAGCAGGGGCCUCCCCGCUUCCCCCGGCUGAGGCCAGAGAGGAGGAGGCUGAAGCAGGGAGACAGCCGGCUGGGUCUGAUGCUCAGACCGAGUUGCCGCUGUUUGAGGUUACGUGUUACAAAUCCUCCAAGGACCACAGCCCUCAGCUGGACGUGAACUUGCUGGGCAGCAGCGUCGUCCACAAGGAGAAGCAGGUGCGGAAGAAGGAGCACAAGCUGAAGAUCACGCCGAUGAACGCCGACGUCAUCGUCCUGGGCCUGCAGAGCAAGGACCAGGCGGAGCAGUGGCUCAGGGUCAUCCAGGAGGUGAGCGGCCUGCCUUCAGACGGUGCGGCCGAGGGAAACCAGUACUCCCCGGAGGCCCAGCGCCUGAGCUGUCAGAAGGCAGAUAUAUCUGAGAAGUACCUGUCCGCCUCGGAGUAUGGAAGCUCUGUAGAUGGCCACCCUGAGGUCCCCGAGACCAAAGAUGUGAAGAAGAAGUGCUCUGCGGGCCUCAAACUGAGCAACCUGAUGAACCUGGGCAGGAAGAAGUCCACCUCGCUGGAGUCUGCAGACAGGUCCCUGGAGACAGCCUGUUACCUGAACGUGCUGGUGAACAGCCAGUGGAAGUCACGCUGGUGCUCCGUCCGGGACAGCCACCUGCACUUCUACCAGGACCGGAACCGCAGCAAGGUGGCCCAGCAGCCCCUGAGCCUGGUGGGCUGUGAGGUGGUCCCGGACCCAAGCCCGGACCACCUGUACUCCUUCCGCAUCCUCCACAACGGCGAGGAGCUGGCCAAGCUCGAGGCCAAGUCUUCCGAGGAAAUGGGCCACUGGCUCGGCCUCCUGCUCUCCGAGUCGGGCUCCAAGACAGACCCAGAGGAAUUCACCUACGACUACGUGGAUGCAGACAGGGUCUCCUGUAUUGUGAGUGCGGCCAAGAACUCCCUGCUAUUGAUGCAGAGGAAGUUCUCAGAGCCCAACACUUACAUCGACGGCCUGCCCAGCCAGGAUCGCCCGGAGCUGCUGUAUGACGACGUGGAGAUGUCCGAGCUGACGGCAGCGGUGGACCCCGAGGAAGCUGCCCCGGCCACAGAUGCUCCGAGCGAGCUCGACCCUGACCGCAUGUACCUGGACCUCACGCCGGUCAAGUCCUUCCUGCACAGUCAAGGUGGCACCCAGGCCCGAGGCUGCUCUCCCACACCGCCCUGCCUGGACCCUCCAGCAGAGGCCCUCCCUGCAGACCCGGGCCCCGCCCCAGCUGAGCCCCCCGUCGUUACAUCUGCAGAGACCCCCGAGUUGCAGCAGGUGCAGCAGGAGAGUCUGGAGCCGGAGGAGCUGUCCCCCAGAAUCUCGAUGGUCAAAAUCCAGACUGAACAGCAAAAACUCUCCUUCUCAUCGAGCUGCCCCGAUGCUGUGGCUGUCACCGCAGCCGGGGCCAGCACGCCUGCGAAGGACAGGCUGAGGGUGACCUCUGCAGAGAUCAAACUUGGCAAGAACAGGACGGAAGCUGAGGUGAAGCGGUACACGGAGGAGAAGGAGAGGCUGGAGAAGAAGAAGGAAGAAAUCCGGGGGCACCUGGCUCAGCUCCGGAAGGAGAAACGGGAGCUGAGGGAGACCCUGUCGAGAUGCACAGACAAGGGGGCGCUGGCCAGCCUGGAGCAGAAGCUGAAGGAGAUCGACGAGGAGUGCAGGGUGGAGGAGAGGAGGCGCGUGGACCUCGAGCUCAGCAUCGUGGAGGUGAAGGACAACCUGAAGAAGGCCGAGGCCGGGCCCGUGACGCUGGGCACCACCGUGGACACCUCCCACCUGGAGACCGUGAGCCCCCGAGCAUCACUCUUUUGUCACCACAGCCCAAAGCCGCCGCCCCCACCCCUGCCCCAGACUGUACCCCCGUCAACUCUGCCACGGCGCUCAAGAACAGACCUCUUUCCGUCAUGGUCACAGGCAAAGGCACCGUCCUCCAGAAAGCCAAGGAAUGGGAGAAGAAAGGGACCAGUUAGGACACAAGCGUCACUGCAAGCCUCUCCUGUCCACGGGGACCUUGGCGACAACCCCGCUUCGGCCAGGCCUUCCUUCAAGCAGCGACUCUGUGAGCGGGUGAGUCUGUUUAAAAGGAAAAGCAAGGACGGGGGACCGCGAACGGAGAGCUCCGGCUGAUGGGAGGCGCGGGCCCUUUGCAGAGAAAGGAACUAGCAGGACCAGAGAGAGAGCUGUGACUUCAGCCGGCGCUGAUGCCCUCGGUGACGCGGUAACGGAGCAGAAAAUACCUGGGACCACGCGGAGGCACUGUCCCCACUCAGUUAAGGACUUUUUUUAAAGUGACGCUGUAUUAUAUUUUUAAAAAUAUGUUUCAAAUCCUGUCAUUUAGAACAGUGAAGUGUCUUUUGAGAUUUAACUGACUUUUUGACAUUAUCGUAGAGAAAAAGAGAUUAGUACUUUGUGUUUACAGAGUCCGUCCUGUGGCCAUUGUUAAGAGAAGAGUUAUUUAAUAUAAUGCUCUCGUAGUCCCGGUUUUUUUAAAUUGUGCUUAAUGUCCGGGCACCUUCCAAGAUAAUAAAAGGGGUGAGUUUGGGGUGGGCCCCCGUCUUUUCCUCCGAUGGCAUUGUUUGCUAACGCAGGUUGAAACAUUUCAUCCGUCAUCUCCGCCUCACUUCCGGGGGUUCUCAGAACUAAAGUUCUUUCUAACCCCAGGGCAUUUAUUUCCUUUGUCAGAAACACUUGGUGGCCCUUUGCCAAGUGGUGAGUUAGAUUUUUCUAAAAAAUAAAAUAAAAUGUUAAUUGUGUUUUUGGA